GGGGAUUACAAAAUGAAUCACUCACAUCAUCAUCGGAUGCAUUAUUCCCUGCACUUUCGCAAUCAUACUAAUAUUAAUGGAAUACACUCUGGACACGAUAACCUGGAUAAAGGCAAUUACUCUUCAGAUUGCUAUGAGCAACUCUUUGUUUCUCCUGAAGUAUUUGUUAGCCUUGGAAUUAUAAGCUUUCUGGAGAAUAUUUUGGUCAUCGCUGCAAUAUCUAGAAAUACAAACUUGCAUUCGCCUAUGUAUUUCUUCAUCUGUAGCCUGGCAGUGGCUGACAUGCUUGUGAGUGUGUCUAAUAGCUUUGAAACUGUAGUGAUCACACUAAUAAAUACCACUGAUAAGAAGACAGAGCCUCUUUUCGUGAAUCUUGACAACAUCGUCGAUUCAGUGAUUUGCAGCUCUUUGCUUGCAUCUAUUUGUAGUCUCCUAUCUAUUGCAGUGGAUAGAUACUUUACUAUAUUUUACGCGCUGCAAUAUCACAAUAUUAUAACAAUGAGGAGAGCAGUGGUCAUUAUAACUUGCAUCUGGAGUGCUUGCUCGGUUUCUGGGAUUUUGUUUAUCAUUUACUUUGACAGCAAUGUUGUCAUCAUAUGCCUCAUCAGUAUCUUCUUUACUAUGUUGGUCCUGAUGGCUUCCCUUUAUGUACACAUGUUUAUGCUGGCAAGGCUUCAUAUGAAGAGAAUUGCUGUCCUGUCUGGGACAAACUCUCUUAGACAAAGUGCUAAUCUAAAAGCAGCAGUAACAAUCACUAUCCUACUUGGAGUGUUUGUAGUUUGCUGGUCACCAUUCUUCCUGCACCUGAUAUUUUACAUUUCAUGUCCAAGGAAUCCUUAUUGUUUGUGCUUUAUGUCACAUUUUAAUAUAUACCUUGUUCUUAUCAUGUGUAACUCUGUCAUUGAUCCACUAAUUUAUGCUCUACGAAGCCACGAAUUAAGAAAAACCUUAAAGGAAAUGAUUUGCUGUUAUUGUAUGAGUGGAAUUUGUGAAUUUGCAAGCAGGUAUUAAUUGCGCAUUAAUAAACUUCACUGUAGUUUAUUUAUAGAUGAGCUAAUUUAGGCCGUUAUAUCAUCAUCUUCUUCUUUAUGGCUCUACAAGUGGAAUUCAAUUGUGACACUACUGGUUCAGACAUACUUAAACAAAGAAUAAAGGAACCUUGAACAUAGUAGUUCACAUUCUAUGUACAGUGUGAGAACUGAAGAUUUACACUAUAUGGACAAUCUGACUGGGACACCUCGCCAUUACACCAACAGGGACAUUUAUUUCAUUGCAUUCUAAAUACAUAUAU